CAAGAGGAAAUCCCUGAAUCCGAGAGACCGCAGAAGCACCUCGAGUCUCCAGCGCUCAGCCUCGUACCUCCUCCUACACACACCUCUCAGCAUGCAGCUCCUUGCUAGCCUGGCGUCGCUAAUGCUAGUGGUGUACAGUGUGAGAGCAGCCGCCGUCCUGCCUGGUGAGGAGAGAGCCACACUACACACUAAGGAGCUGAGCAAAGAUCGCAAAGAGCUGAUUCUCAAACUGAUUUCUGGCUUGUUGGACGGAGCCGACAGUGCAAUGCUGGCGGGAGACGUGGCGUCAGUGGACCUGGAGGAGCCUCUGGAGUCCAGGCUGGAGGAGAGAGCCGUCUAUAACCGCCUGUCACAGCUGCCGCAGCGCGACCGCAAAGCCCCGUGUAAAAACUUCUUCUGGAAAACCUUCACUUCCUGCUAACAGUCCCAACCACCCCCGUUCUCGCCCGGCAUCCCUGACAUGAACUGUUUACUGACCCACACUGUAAAUACCAUCCGCAAUUGUCUAUAGAGGGUAUUUCUGUGGACUCUUCUCAGUCUGUUAAUUAUUCUAUUUAUCUAUUUAUUAUUGCAUCAGAAAUAAUAAAGCAUGGUUAAGAUGUUUGUCUUUCA